AUCAACCCCUGUGUCGCAACGCGCAGCAGGCUGUGGCAAGGCGUCUCCCACUGUCACAGGCACAGAGCCACGAUGUGAUUUGCAGUCAUCCGGCAUGUGGCUUCGUUUUUUUGAACUUUGGCUGACCGGUAGGCUUUUAGCCAGCCCGACCUUCCAUAGAGCUGUGCGCCGUGUCCACAAGUCAAUCCAGGAUCUGCGACACGGCAAGGCCCCGGAAGAUAUGGGAGGAACAAACAUUGACAAGCCCGGCAUCAAGCAUUUCUUCCAGCUCUUCCGAGAUGAAUUGAGGGAUCAGCUACGGAACAAACCAAAAAAUUAAUGCGUGUUGUCCGGCGAGGUGACGCUUGAUAGUCAGAUAUGUCUCGCUUAUAGCGACGCACCGUGUUCUAGCGGUAUAGCGAAUAUUCCUAAUGCAGUACAUAUAUCUGAUGACUGAUACCUCUUUACCGUUGAUACCUUCUUUUUCUCCCUUCCCCUACCAACGGAUGUGUUUGGGUUGCAUGAGCCGUUUGUUCUAUGGUCUGCAUCCUUCAUUCCAUCCGAAGAAAAAGUUCCUUUUACUUCCUUGAUUCAACUUUUUUGCAUCGGACAUUCCAUUGUUCGAUUGCGUAACUUCCAAGGAAGUCUACAUCUUGCACACACAUAUACCGGUCUAUUGUAUGUCCGUGCCUUAGAUAAUUAGCUUAAUAGUCAUAGCGUAGGAAUAGCAUGUCUACUCUGAGUUCUAG